AUGGUGGCAAUUUCAAGAGGUCUGAAUGGGAUAGGACUUGCCAUAAUUACACCAGCUAUUCUGUCCCUUGUUGCUAAUUCUACUGAUGACAGAAAUCGAGGUAUGGCUUUUGGAUGGCUACAUUUAACAGCAAACUUUGGCUUAAUCAUUGGUGGGCUUUGUUCUGUGCUGAUUGCCUCAACAUCAUUCAUGGGCAUCCCUGGUUUGUGGAUUACCUUCCAUCUUGUUGGACUAAUAAGUGUUAUCGUUGGAAUUUUGGACCUGAUUAAAGAAGCAAAGGCAGUUGUGAAAAUUCCAUCAUUCCAAAUAAUUGUUGCUCAAUGUGUAUAUGGUUCAUUUCCUUGGUCAUCAUUAUCAUUUGCCCCAAUGUUAGAGCUCAUUGGGUUCUCCCGCAAAGAAACGGCAUUUCUCUGGAUUGUUUUUGUCAUUGCCACUUCACUUGGGGGUCAAUUCGGGGGAAGGAUGGGGGAUAUCCUCUCAAAACGUCCAAUAUUUGCAGAGAUAGUUCCAGAGAGAUCUCGAACGAGCAUCUACGUUUUGGAUCGAUCCUUUGAAUCCAUAUUAGCAUCAUUUGCUCCUCCUAUAGUUGGAAUUUUGUCUCAGCAUGUAUACGGUUACAAACCUGUUACAAAAGGAGCAACAGAUUCUCAAGAGAUUGAAACAGAUAGAGAAAAUGCUACAGCACUUGCCAAGGCACUCUACACAGCGAUUGGCAUUCCACUGGCUAUCUGUUGCCUCAUCUACUCCUUCUUAUACUCUACUUAUCCAAGAGAUAGGGAACGGGCAAGAAUGGAUUCCUUAAUAGAAUCAGAAAUGCAAGAGAUGGAGAUGGACAAUCCUUCAGGACAAGUAUACUCCCAAACUCGUAUUUCACAAUCAGAUGAGCUACAUGGAAAAGAGAGGAGUGUGAUUGAAAUCGGUUACGAAAAAGGGGAAAGCCUUGAUUUUGAUGAAAAUGAUGAGAACAGACUCCUUUCCCAUCAGCUCACAUUUUCAGAUCUUGGCAAAUAUGACUCUGGGAAUGCAGCAAGCUAA